CAAAGAAGAAAUAUCAGCAACAUCUGACGAUGACACAUGGAAUAAUUCAAGGCCUUCAGACAUAAACAUCCCAGAGAUCAUUUAUUCACAAGCAGAAGACAAAGACACCAAACCAGCUAAUGAAAAUAUAAAAGAUAAAAAUGCAGAAUACAACCAGAGUGAUCACGAAGAUGAUGAAAAAGAAUUAGAGUUGCUGCUAAAUCAGCACUUCACAGAAGCUAGAGGUACCUCUUCCAGAGACGAAAGGAAUUUAUACACAACAGAACCAGUUAAUUUUCCAAGUGAAACUGAAAGAUUGGAGAAAAAGCUAACCUGUAUAGAAGGAAGCAGUGACUUGCUUAGGCACCCUGUGCCUAUCAGUUCCUCACCUGAAAACACUUCACGAGAGAUAGGAGGAGAAUUAAAAGAUAGAGUUAAGUAUUCCCUAAGAGAUUUUGAUAGCCAGCCAUCAGGGAAGGAAGUUGCUGCUGGCUUGGUAAACAGCGGUGAGCGAUCUUUGGAACAUACUGGCGCUAGGGAAAGCCUUUUAUCGGCAAGAUAUUUUCCUAGAACAAAGCAGAAUGAUAUGGCUACUGUCUCAAGCCGCCAAGGAGAGAGCCACAGAGAUGUUUCAAAAGGUGAAACAGAUAGUGCCUCAGGAAGCCAGAUGACGGAGAGGUUAUUCAUCAGUGAGGAUGCUGCUGAUACCUCGAAAGGGGCCUGUGAAGCGAGACCAGAAACCAUUUCUCCAGAGCAUGAUGAAUCCAUGCAAUUAAAUGCAUGCAUAGCAGGAACACUGGAUGGCAACGCUAAUCCAGCUCUGGAGCACCAGGCGCUGCAAAUGUCUCACCAAACUCUGGAUUCAAGGUUGUCAGAUGCUGACAAAAAUGAAGGAAAAAUUGAGAUGAUUGAAAGCAAAGUUCAGGUACAUUUAAGAGGAGAUAUGUAUGCCAACACUUUUGCACAUGCCGAUGUCUCAAUAGAUUCCACAAAAAGCCAACAUAUCCAAAAAAAGGGAGCUGGUGAAAUGUGGGGAAAGAACUAUAAUGUUGAUGCAGGGAAGGAGAAGAAAGUCAUCGAAGUAGCAGACUUAGCAGUAAUCGGCGAGGAGGAAGCACCCAAGCCUUUCAAGUCACAUAGAAAGCACACCUCCGAAGCGCUGAACACAAUGCCUCUGUCAGCUGAAGACAACAGACAGACCCCCAGGCCUGCCCAGGCAGAUCCCCCAGCAUCCUCUCUGGGGGAUGAAAGGAGAGCUGCAGACACUUGGGAACACAGAGGAUUCACGAGGUUAAAAGACAGAGGAAAGUCAGAUGACGCAAGUAAAGGAAGCCUGCUAGGAAAUGAAAGCGAAGCAAACCCCGCAGAGCAGAGGUGGCAAGAAUUGGGCACCGAGGUUCGGUGGGGAGUGAGGGGGAGCACAGGGCCCCAGAGCACUGCUUCCACAAAGGAGCUGUUUACCUGCCAGCAGGCAGAGAGCUGUGCAAAGUCUUCUGUCUCCGAGCAGGGUAUUACAGAGGAAGCGGAGGCAGGUACAGCUUAUAUAAUUAAAACAACAUCAGAAAGUGCUCCAGAAAAAAUGUCUGCCAGUGAAAAAGCAGUAAUUGCUAAGCUACCUCAAGAGACUGCACUAAGUGACAGGCCCACAGAGGAAAAGGAAACAGCGUUUGAUACACAUGAAGGGAGAAAUGAUGGUUCACAUUAUGCUCUUUGUCAACUCAACACAGUGGGUCUAUUAUAUGACACUGAAUUUGAAAAGGAAUCAGUUUUAGGUGUUUAUAAUGCACGCGUACACGAAACACCGCAAGGAGAAACGAUGUCUGUAUGCCAUAGCAGGGAAAAAUGUACCAAAGCACAACCAGACAUUGGCAAUAUUUUACAUAUAGGAGAAGCAGUAGAGGCUUCUGCUACAGGAAAGAAGGAAGAUUUGGGGCAGGGUUUAUACUCAGAAGUGUCUAAAUAUCUCCCAAGCACCCAGAAGCAUCUGUACAGUGAGGAGGCAGGAGCGCUUUGUAGGGAAGAAAACCACGCUGGUACACUUUCCAAUUUAUAUGCUAAAGUGGAAACAAAAAUGCCACCUUCUGAUGCAAAUGGUGUUCCCAGUUACCAUUACAAAAGCUCUUCAGUGGCAUCUUCUGAAGGGUCCACUGUGGCGGGAGAUACGGAACAUCGGUAUAGACACUUUGAUUUCAAAGUCAUUGACAAGGUUGCUGCUGAGUCAGGGUAUGAUUUAAGUCUACCAAAUGAAAUGACAUGUACUAAUAAAAGCCUUUCUCUUGAAGCUGAAAAACAAGAAGUACCUUCCUCUUCAGACAUAGCAAUUUCUAAAGAAGGAAGAGACAGGAAUAUAGGUCAGUGUUUCCAUCAAGCAGAGUUCAGACAAGAGAAGUCAUCAAGGCCAGAGGUUUUGAUUAGUAAGUCUACUGAAGAAUUUGGAGGGACAGGCUCUCAGUCUGACCAUUUCACAACUGAGGGAAAAACACUAAGCCGGCUUGAUGUCUCACAGAUGGAAAGCCAGCACAUCUCUGAUUCUGCAGGUGUUUCUAACCAGAAGAGUGAAGCAUUGAAAGUACCUAGUGAGUCUCCAGGUUUAAAACAUAUUGCUUGCAAAAUAUUUUAUUUCUUCUUCUUUCUUUUAUUUGCUGCGACACUCUACCACUAUGAUUUGAUAGUCUGUCUUGCACUCUACCUGUUCUCCUUGUAUUGGCUAUACUGUGAAGGAGGAAGAAACAAAGAGUCUGUCAAGAAGGAAUGA